GUUCAGCGAUUACGGUUGAAUAAAAGAUGAUUCGGGAACGGCGCGCGUUGUCUUACCUUCAGAACUAAGGGAGUAUAUGGAAUAGAAUUUUUGUGGUAACAUCCUUGCUAGGAUGGAGGCAACGUCGAAGAGAGACUUCGCUUACGCGAUGACACCGAUAAAAGUACUGUCGUGGUCCGUUGGUACCUGGCCUCUUCAAAAGUACAACGUCUUCGCGAAGAUACGAGCCUAUUUCGCGAUUACAUUUCUGACUCUAAUGGUAAUGAUCAUAUAUGCGGAAAUGUUUCUCGACUACAGAGACGCUGAGAAGAGUCUGGACGCUAUGGUCAUAUUUACCUCCGGAAUUCUCGCGAUCGCUAAAGUCUAUCGUUUUCACGUGUGGCCGGAGAACCUCAUCAAAAAUUUUGUAUCUGCUUCGACGGAUUACAACAAAUUUUACAGCAAGGAGAAACGAGCUAUUCUACGAAGGCACGCUUACAUGGGCAGAAUGGCGUGCGCCAGUCUGAUCGGUUUCGCUUAUUUCAGCGCGACGCUCUUCUCGGCCGUGGCUAUGCUAGUCGGGAAAGAGGAAGAGAUAGUUGUUAACGCAACCGAGGCACCGGACUAUCCCAUUCCUUCCGAACUGGUGUUGGAACUUGUACAGAUUCCGAAAUAUUUGUACUUCAUCGUCUUCGUCAUGGAGUAUCUGAUGCUGAUAUAUACGAGCAAUGGGAAUCUGGGCAGCGAUUCGUUAUUUCUUGGUAUCACGUUUCAUUUAUGCGGUCAAGUGGAAGUUUUGAAAAUGGAGAUCAUUAAACUGACAAACGAAAACGAGAGGACGUCGAAGAAUUUUAAAGUGCUGGUCGAGAGACACAUUUAUUUAAUGCAGUUAGCGAAGAUGUUAAUCGAGACGAUCAGCUGGCUCUUGGUUUUUCAACUGUUUUCGAGCUGCGUGCUUAUUUGCACGAGCGGAUUUCAAUUUAUUCUUGCGCUGAGCGCUGGAAACGUUAUCUUGACUUUAAAAACGUUUAUGGUCAUGUCAACGUGUUUGGUGCAAUUGUUUGGAUAUAGUUAUACGGGUCAUUAUUUGAAAAACCAAAUGGAGAGUGUCGGUCACUCGACGUACUUCUCUGCCUGGUACGAUUUACCUCGAGAAGUGGCCAACAACAUGAUUUAUGUAAUUAUGAGGGCUCAAGACCCGGUACAGCUAAAAGCCGGAAAUUUCUUUGUCGUCAACAUGGAAACCUACAUGAGUAUUGUAAAAACGUCUAUGUCGUAUCUCUCUGUUCUUCGAGUAAUGACGACCGGUGGAAACAUCUUUGCGAGGAUGGGAGAAAGUUUCAAGAAAGACUUCGCGUACGCUAUGACGCCGAUGAAAAUACUGUCCUGGCCCGUCGGUACUUGGCCUCUCCAGGAUUACGACGUUUUCUCGAGUGCACGUGCCGUCGUCGCGGUCCUGUUUUUGUUACUUAUGUUAAUGAUCAUACAAACGGAAUUGUAUUUGGACAGCAGCGAUGCCGAGAAGAAUUUAGACGCCACGGUGUUGGUCACCUGUGGUUACCUGGCGAUCGCAAAGGUAUUUUACUUCCGCGUAUGGCCUGCUGGUCUCAUUUCCAAUUUCACAUCGGCCGUGAACGAUUACAAUGAACCGAAGAGUGAAGAGAAACGAGCCGUUCUGCGAAGGCACGCUUACAUGGGAAGAGUGGCGUGCGCCAGCGUGAUCGGCUGCUCGUAUUUCGGCUCGACUCUCUUCAUGACCGUACCGAUGCUGGCAGGAGACGAAGAAGUGAUGGUCAACGUGACUGAAGAUGAAGCAGUAGACUAUCCCAUUCCUUCGAAAAACGUUCUGGAAGCUAUAAACAUGCCACAGAAUUUGUAUUUCGUCGUCUUCGUCACGGAAUACAUAAUGCUGCUACUGACGAGCACAGGGAACUUAGGUCUGGACUCGUUGUUCUUCGGUAUCAUUUUUCACUUGUGCGGGCAAGUGGAAGUUUUGAAAAUGGAUUUUAGUAGAGUGGAAGAUGCGAACGAGGAGACGCUGAAGAAUUUUAACGUACUGGUUAAGAGACACAUCUAUUUGAUACGCUUAGCCGAUAUGUUGAACGACACGAUUAGCUCGGUCUUGGUUUUUCAGUUGUUCACGAGUUGCGUACUCAUUUGCACGACUGGAUUUCAAUGCAUUGUCGCGCUGAAUGUUGGAAAUUUAGUCUUGACGAUAAAGGCGUUCAUAGUAGUGACUACGUUAUUGGUCCAACUGUUUGGAUAUAGUUACGUGGGUGACUAUUUAAAAGAGCAAAUGGAAGGAAUCGGUCAUUCGGUGUACAUCUGUUCCUGGUACGAUCUACCAAGGAACGUAGCGAAGAGCAUAAUUUACGUGAUCAUGAGGGCUCAAGAUCCAGUUCAUCUCACUGCCGGAAGAUUCUUUAUCGUCAACCUGCAAACUUACAUGAGUAUCGUGAAGACUUCUAUGUCGUACCUCUCAGUUUUACGGGUAAUGGUGAAUGCUUGA